AUGUCGGUGGCCGGUCAUCCUGCGUAUAAUCAGCUUCUAGCCGUACUUGAGAAGUCUGAUCAGCCAGAUACGCAAACUCAGAAGGAUGUUGCUGACUUCAUUUCCCAGUUUGAAGCCAAGGAACGAUAUGGCGUCUUAUAUUUCCUGGAAGCAGCGCUUACGGCACCUGCCCUUCACAUGCGACAAAUGGCUGCAUUGUGCUUGAAACGAGCCAUCAAUGUGCGAUGGGUAUCACUCGAACCUGAUAUAAAGACGCAGCUUAAAGCUGGUCUAGUCCGUGGAAUUCAAAUCGACGAUUCAGAAGUUCGUACGAUGUUUGGUUCUGCAUUCGUCGCCUUAUUCGCAGUAGAAGGAUACGAACAUUGGCCAGAAGCACCAGGUCUGUUGUUGAAAUUGUUGAAGGAGUGCCCCAAUGAAAUUGUAAGGGAAACUGCCGGUUCCACCUUACUGAUGUUAGUCGAAGAUAUGACCUCUUGCGAUGCUCGUAUGGAUGACCAGACACACAGCAACGUUGCAUGGGAACACUUCCUGAACUUUGUUGCCAAAGAGCUACUACCAUCUAUUCUUGAACUAGCUGCAAAAGUACCAAGCUCGCUAUCCUUUUCAUGCAAAAUGUUAUCUUCGUUGAUGGAUGUCAAUGCAUGUACCAAACCAUUAUUCGAACAACAUUUCGUAGCGUUCUGGACUCUACUAGGUUCAAUAGCACAUAACCGAGACCCGUGGGUUCGGAAAUGUGUCCUUAAGGGUAUGGUGGAAACGUGGACACGUCAUCCUAUGACUAUCCUUGACGCCAGUACAGCAGUGUUUAGGUUCGUAAUAGACUGUACAGGCGACUCUAGUGAUUAUACAGCUCAAAUUGAAGCACUUCAUUUUUGGGCUCAAUUGUUAAAAAAUCGUCUAGAUGAGCCUAUUAGAGUACGUAUGGUGGAGUCGCUGAGAGUCCACCUGCCACAACUGAUACCCGUGUUAAUGGAACACACCAAGUACUCAUCAUGGGACUAUAUGUCCAUGGAUGAGUCACAUUUUGAAGAAGAUAAUGCAGCUGUCCCUGACAGGGUGGAGGAUGUGCCCCCUCGUCCAGAGUGCGAAAUGAGCGCUGAUGAGGACGAGGAGUCCGCGACUUGGGGGACCAAUUGGACCGCGCGCAAAGGCUCUGCCUUAGCACUGGACUACAUUAGCCAGGUAUAUGGCCAUGAUAAGGAGAUUCUACAAUAUAUGCUUGAGCUAAUUGAACGGCGUCUUGGCAAUGAAACAGACUGGGAAAUUCGUGAGUCCGCGGUACUGGUGCUUGGAGCCAUUGCUCGCGGAUGCGCACUAGCAAUGGCGCCAUUUCUACCAAAGGUAGUCCAGUAUCUUAUCGACCUUACACAUCAUAGCAAACCAUUGAUGCGUAGCAUAGCCUGUUGGUGUCUGUCGCGUUACGCCGGCUGGGCAUGCCAGGCACAACGGGAGCCACAUGAGGAACCCUGGUUAGAACCGGUACUGAACGCAGUGUUGAGACGUGUUUUGGAUCGUAAUAAACGUGUUCAAGAGGCGGCUUGCUCAGCCCUUGCGGCCUUUAUUGAAGAUGGUGGUAGUAAACUAGUCCCAUAUCUCCAGCGCAUAGUUGAGACAGUUGUUCAAGCAUUAGGUUUCUAUCAAGCCCGCAAUUUGAUGUUUUUGUACGAUACCAUAGGGACCAUGGGCCAGAUCUUCGGUGAGGCACUGCCCCAAUCUCCGUGCGGUCAGUUCCUAAUGCAUCCUGUUAUACAACGUUUGGGUACUACCGAGACCCAUACACCAGAAUUCCUCGCUUUGAUGGAUUGCGUAGCCUCCCUAGCACAAUGUUGGCAAUUGAUGUUUGCUUGUUAUGCUGAAGUAACGUUGCGCCGUGCUAUGAACGCAGUCUUCGAGGUACUCUAUGACGCCAAGGUUUUUGAGAUGACAGAUGGCGCAUCUGAUCUACCCCGUUGGGAUAUCAUAGGCUGUGCUCUGGAUGUCAUCUCUACUGUCGUGAGUUCACUGCAGGAGCAGUCCUGGCGCCUGGUAGAAACCCUCUCAGUUACUGUGGACCCGUCCGUCGCUAAGCAACUCGGGAUGAAGCAGCAACAGGUAUACCUCUCCGACAUGAUAAUGAUAUGUUGCCAAUGCCCUACUCCUGAAGUGCUGCAGAGCAUAUCUGCGUUAGUGGGUGACUUCGCAUGGCACAGUACCGCAUUGGUUGCAACAGAUCCGGUUAUCAUGUCCCUAAACCUACACCUAUCAAACCCAUCGCGUGUUGUCUGCAAUAACGUCUGUUGGUCUUUGGGUGUGUUAUCGCAAACCUCGUUAGGCAAACAACGGCUUGAACCGUAUUUCCACGAGCUUUUCCCGAAGUUAGUGCAGUUGCUCAAGUGUGAAACCGAGUUAUUAUUGAUGCAAAACAUUUGUGUUACUAUAGGUUUCUUUGUCGCGGCAUACCCAGAACUAACUGCCCCGCAUCUACCACAUUUCCUGCAACCAUGGCUAGAGUACAUUUCAAGGUCUCGUAACGACCCUGAUAAGGCACAAUCUCUUGCUGCGGUGGUGCAGGUAGCAGCCCGCAGUGCCGAACUUACAGGAGCAGCGUUGUUAGCACUUACUCGUGUCGCUUUGGACUAUCCACCAUGGUGUAACGAACUUGAAGCAUCGAUACGUGUACUUGCGCAACGUUUAGCCCAAAGUCCGGCAGAGUGGAACUCUUUAACUGAUGCCGAGCGAGCUCAGCUCCGCGAGCGUGCAUCUGGCGACAAGCGUUAA